CACAACUGAAGCAAGACAUGCUUUAGCAGUCCUUUAUGAGAGGCUUGUCUUCCAUGUCAACAACUUGCUUCAAGGUGCAAAUCUCAUACAUUCACUUUUACAGUUACUGAUUACGGCUUUCUUAUUGUAUUCCAAGGACUUGCUCAAGUCCAUAAUGGUUUUGAGUUUACAGCCGCGCGAAGACGGCCCGGUGAGCUUACAAGUGCCCAAAGCCAGCCAAGCAUGCAUCAAUUGUCGUAAACAAAAGAGGAAAUGCGACAAAUCGGUCCCAUCAUGUGGCCUUUGUGCCAGGAUGAACCGUCAAUGCGACUACAGCGACUCAUCAUCCGUACCCACCGCAACUGAUGUAGCCGCACUACAAGCCCGUCUCGCCGAGCUCGAAAAUCGGCUCGCCUUAGCUGGCUGCAAGGAAACAACCACCAGCACGAGCUCAUCAUCCCCCAGCACCAAUAACCUGUUCACACCAGAGACCACCAUCACCACAAACAGCCGUGACAAUGCCGCCACCACCCAUCCAGCACCAGUCAUCAACUCCCGCGGCCCCCUUUGGCUCCCCGCCGCCAGCCGCUUCCCCUCCGCCCUCCUCCUCGACGUGGACAUUUUCAAAUGGGCCCAACUCUCCGUCCCGGCUCCAUCCGUCGCCGUCCCGCGCGACGUCUACGACAUCCUCAGCAGCGGCAAAACGGUCCAAGACUGCGCCGCCGAGUACUUCGACACGGUGCACCGGUGGUUCCCCUUCAUCUCCAAGAAGCGCAUGACGCUGGGGCAUACCCUAGGGGAAGCCGGGCCGGACUUGGCCAUGUUGUUUUUGGGCAUGAAGCUCAUCGUCACGCUGCCGGUCGAGGGCAUGGACAGUGCGGAUAACCCGGUGUAUAUGGCAGCCAAAAGGUUGCUGGCCUUGUUGGAGAGCGGAGGGUGUGUGAGUUUGUUGUGUUUGCAGGGGAUGGUGUUGGUUGCGUUGUAUGAGUACGGGCAGGGCAUAUAUCCGGCGGCGUGGAUGAGUGUGGCGGCGUGUGCGAGGUAUGCGGAGAUGUGUGGGUUGCCGGGGUUCAAGGAUAGUUGGGCGGUUUUGGGGGCUGUGACGACUUGGACCGAGUCUGAGGAAAGGAGAAGGGCCUGGUGGGCUAUUUACAUCCUGGAUAGGGUGAUCUGCUUGGGAAACAAGAAGCGGUUUGUGAUGCCGGAGCCAGAAAGGCACUAUCUUUUGCCUACGGAUGAUGAUGCUUGGGACAGCGGAGAUCCAGGCCGUGCCCUCAGCGCAGGAAUCACCACCUCUCUCGAGCAGCCACAAGGCCGUUUCGCCCGUCUAGUACAAUCAUCCAUGCUCGUCAGCAGAACCAUAACCCACGUCCGGACCACCCUACGCAACCAUCAACUGGGAGGCGACAUUGAUCCUUUCGACAUCAACGAAGUUGACGACCUCAUCAACACCCUCACCUCCUUCAGCACCCUCAUCCAACAAGAACUCCUCCCCAGCUUCGCCGUAUUACGCAACCAAAAUCCUACAGAAUCAACUUCAUCAGCCUCAUCAUCAACCUCCCCACCCCCGCCGAACUGGCACUUCCUAACCCCCAGCUCCAUCCCACUCAACCCCCCAUACCACCACCCCCCCUCUCCUUUCGAUUUCUCUUCUUCCUUGUCUCCCCAACCCCAACCUUUAGACCCCCUCUCCCUGCCGCCUUUAAGUUUAACCCACUCCGCCCUGUUCCUCCUCUACGACGUCCACUGCUGUCCCGAGAACCUUCUUUGCGGGACCGGUGCCCAGGGCUUCGACAACUUCCAACCAAAAACCGCUAACCAACAGGCCUUACAGGUGCGGGCCGUAGCAGGCCUGCGCUCGCUUUCGAGUGGUGUCAUCCGCGAGCUGUGCAUGGAGUUGUUGGAUGCGGUCAUGUUGCCGCAGGGUUUGGCGAAGUUUAGUCCGCUCUGUCUAGACGGGAUGUAUAACGGGAUGGCGACGUUGAGGUGGUUAUGGAAGGAGGGGGGUGAUGAUGGUGGAAUUGGCUUAGGGGAGAACGGGUCCUUUGGUGAAGGAGGAAGUACAGGAGGGAAUGUGGGAGUGUUGCAGGCGGCAGAAGACGUGGGGAGGUGUUUGAGUAGAUUGUCGAGUAGGUGGAGGGUGGCGGAGGAUUAUUUGGGCUUGGUUGGGCUCUUUUGAUGUGGGCGUUGCGAUGGCCUGGAAUGGUGGGAAGUCAGGAAUCUGUUCACCAGUUGCUGCUGGCAACUUCUCGGCCGUCCCUGCCUCUCGCUCCCUAUUAUAUAUCCUUCGACCGCCAGUCUGGACAAGGAGCGACUCGACGAACUGAGUCGUGAUUGGCAAAACAGAAAUCUGGGAGCAGUGGACGAGAAGAGAAGGGGGCUGAUCUCAGGCUCAUGCUCGUGGUUAGGACCAGGACGUCGUCUGCGCGUCUCUUAUGUCGCUUAGGAACUUAAAGGGUCUCCCAUCAUGUACAAAUAGCGGGCGGAUGCUAAAGGCUGAAAUCGGCCUUUAAACAUACAUAGUUGUGGGUCGCGGGCGGUUUGGUGAAGCGCAUAACGGGAGUUUCGCUUCCACAGCCACUGUUACACGAGACCUACAGAGACGAGUCACUCAAGUGAGUAUUGUACCCGGAGUAGGUACGGGAGGUGGAAGGUAAUUAGGUAUGCUGUGCAGAGGUAUGCUCCCGAGCUGAAACUGGUAGCGAACGAGAAAGUUAACAGACAAGGAUGACACGAAGUAUCUUCAGAUAUACAGAACAACUCUACUCGACAGAUCACUUACUCGCUCAUCGACCAGCUCGGCGUACAAAGAAUGUAUUAUUUCGCGAUAUAUAACCUGAUCUGUACCCCUGGUCCCCUGAUCACUUUUGCCAGCUACCCGAAGGCUUUUCUUCUUUUUUCUCGCUCACAUUGGUUCGCCGGUUAAGCCACCUCGCAGCUGGACAUCUUGGGAUCCGUGGAGGCUGGAUCUGCAUCUUCAGCCAUACCACUGCAACGCUUGAUCGGGACGUGACGGGACUGGCACAUCCACACUCUUUUUGGACGGCAAAUCAACUGGCUGUCUGUAUAGGUAUUGAAGUACACCAAAUGUAUUUUCUUGAGCUCUCCCUGUCCUCCUCUAGGUGUACUACUUUGUUUCGUCAGGCAGACUUUGGUUGAUUUUCUCGUCCUGGCAUGGGUGUGCCUGAUUGUGGGAGCGCCACCUAUGUUCCAGAGCGGAAGACAUGUACAAUAGCCUUCUGCAUACAACAGGAGGAGAUAUCGACGAGCUGAGUGAUGUAGAGUCAGGUAGGUGGAGGAUAGGCUUGGGCGGUGGUUGAAAAGGGGUGAUUACCUUGCCUCCAGGUUCAGGUCUUUCUCUGUCUAGGGGCUUCGGAUGCGUUUUUCUCCCUUUUUCCUUUUCUUUGGGGCAUCGAGACAAAAGUUGUGUAGCCCGUUGAGCAUC